UGUGGAUUGUGAUUUGUGAUUACUUUUUGAAAACUUCGUAUGAAAUACAGUUAAGACAAUGAAAACACUGUCGCGAACUAAGGCUGCACUUAGCAGUCUUUUUAUAUUGAGAACAAAACCAACCGCCUCUGAAGUUCUAACAGCGUACUUGAAACAGUGCAAAGAACCGCCUUGGACUUCAUAUUUUGUAAAGUACAGUAGCGUUAGAAAUGACCAGCGUGGCAUGUCGAAUUUCAACUGGAAAGUGGGAAGCUCCAACUACCACAUACUGAGGACUGGUUGUUGGCCGUAUAUUAAGUAUCACUGCUCCAAGAAAGCUGCUGAGGAUUUGUCAGGGUCAGAUAAGCUCAUGAGAGCAAUCAAAGUUGUUAAUUUAGGUAAGUAAAUAAAGGAAUGUGUGUGGGUAGUUGUUAUAUAAAUGUGUUUCACCUACAAGGCUGCGUCAGUGCAUUACCUACUAAGGGAUUUUGUAAAAAUAUUUUUUUAAUAAAACAUUACUCCUUAGGCAGUGCUCACCUAAUUGUGGUGAAAGACCAUUUCAAAAUUCUACAAUUUAUCAGAG